AACUGACGCAAGCCCCGUGCCGGCAGAAAAAAAGUCACUGAAUGGGAAUCUCGGCGAAAUUUUAGUGGCUCGAUCCUUUCAAAGACUGAACCAGCGUUUCGUCUCCUUCUAUCAUCUUCCUGUUUAGAGGCACAUUUUAGCAACGAUGAGCAAACACAAACUCGAUGAGGGCGCCCAAUCGGCCAAGCAAGAUAAGAAGCGCAGAAAGAAGGACAGAAAAGAAGCCCUUCGUGUGGAAGACAUCACUCCAAGUUCAACGGAUGCGACGGCCAAUUCUACACCAGCACCAGACGCUGACGAGGAAGAUGCUACUUACAAACCGGACCCAUCUCUCGCGACUGUGUCACAGACUGAGAUCGACGAAUUCUUCAAGUCACAAUCUGUUCAAAUCGCCGACCCUCUGAAGAAGGACCUAAGACCCAUCCUCGCCUUCUCCCACCUUCCCACAGAAUUAUCUGCCCAGUUCUCGACCAUAUUCUCUUCCUUCGAAAAGCCUUCUUCGAUCCAAUCGUCUGCAUGGCCGUUCCUACUGUCCGGCCGAGACCUUGUCGGAGUGGCCGAGACAGGCAGCGGAAAGACAAUCGCUUUCGGACUACCAUUAGUUGUACGCCUCUCAACAAUGAAGAAGAAGAAGGGUAUACGAGCAGUCAUUGUAGCGCCGACCCGAGAAUUGGCGAUCCAAGUUUUCGAACAGAUCGACAAACUGUGCAAGACAGCCCAUAAGUUGAAGUCGGUAUGUGUGUAUGGCGGAACCAACAAGGACGAACAGCGACGGAGUCUGCAAGGCGCAAAUAUCGUGGUCGCCACCCCGGGAAGACUGAAGGAUUUCAUGUCCGACGGCACUAUCGACGUCUCCAAGACCCGAUAUCUGGUCCUUGACGAAGCCGACCGCAUGCUCGACAAGGGAUUCGAGGACGACAUCAAGCACAUCAUAUCGCAAAUGCCGUCUUCCAGCAAACGGCAGACGGCCAUGUUCACAGCAACCUGGCCCAAAUCGAUCCGCGAACUUGCCGCGACAUUCAUGAAGGAGCCCGUCAGGAUCACGAUCGGGCGCAACGAUGCGGACGACUCAGGCGAGCUCCGCGCCAACACUCGGAUUGUACAAAAAGUCGAAGUUCUCGAUGGCGCCAUGAAACAGCAACGUCUGUUGCAGCUGCUGAAGGAGCAUACAGCCGGCAAUAAACGCAAUGACCGCAUUCUGAUAUUCUGCUUGUACAAGAAGGAGGCUCAGCGGAUAGAGAACUUCAUUCAUGGCCGCGGCUUCAACGUUGCCGGUAUUCACGGUGACAUGUCGCAGUCUGCUCGCAUUGCCAGUCUCGAGUCAUUCAAGUCUGGUAAGGUGACCCUGCUUGUCGCCACGGAUGUUGCUGCAAGAGGUUUGGACAUCCCGGAAGUCAAGCUCGUCAUCAAUGUGACAUUUCCCCUAACGGCUGAGGAUUAUGUCCACCGCAUUGGGCGUACCGGUCGUGCAGGCAAGGACGGGUUGGCCAUUACACUUUUCACCGAGCAGGAUAAACCGCUUGCUGGAGCCUUGAUCAACGUCCUGAAGGCAGCGAAGCAGGAUGUCCCUGAAGAUCUGUUCAAGUUUGGUACGACUGUCAAGAAGAAGCAACAUGACUCGUAUGGCGCUUUUUACAGAGAAGCGGAGGAUGGCAAGACCGCGACCAAAAUCACUUUUGAUGACUGAUAUGUUCAAGUACUGGGGAUGACUUGGUUCGCGGUAGAGCUUGAUGAAGUAUGCAUCUGACGGCGUUUGUUCAGUCCUGGGAUGUGCGCAGCAAGGCGUUGUGGGACA